AUGGACUUUGUGAGUCUCCGCCCUGGCGAAAUCUGGACUACGGCUAUCGGGCUUGACGAUUAUGUCUGGGAGUUUCCGGAUGAUCUUCAGCCAGGGGAUGUGUUCCGGUUUGUAUUUAAGGGCGCUACGGUAGAAUGGUGGGACUGGGGUAGCAAGGAUCAAGCGCAUACUCAGACGGUGGUCACCGUUGAGUCUAUUGCUUUUGGCAGCGUUGUCAACCCAGCUGAUAAUGGUGGCAGGCCUCUGAUUGUGAUACCACCCUCUAACCAGAUCGAGUUUGAUUUUGCUGGUUAG